AUUAAUCGAUGAAACAGAUUUUUUCCCCCUGCACAAUAAAUGUAGACAUAAAAAUACAAUCAUGAUCAUUUUCUUAGUCGAUUAAUCUGAUUUCAAAGCUGUUUCAAUUGUGACUUUGGAUAAAACAGAAAUAUCAUGCAUGACUAAUGAAAUUUAAAAAAAAUUCACAUUUGAGAGGCUGAAGUUAGACGAUAUUGACAUAUUUAACCAAAACAGCUGUUGAUUAAUUGGUUAACCAUGAUCAUGGAUUAACCGAUUAGUUGUUGCUUUGGAUAAAACAGAAAUAUCAUGCAUGACUAAUGAAAUUUUAAAAAUAUAUUCACAUUUGAGAGGCUGAAAUUAGAGGAUAUUGACAUAUUUAACCAAAACAGCUGUUGAUUAAUUCGUUAACCAUGAUCAUCGAUUAAUCGAUUAGUUGUUGCUUUGGAUAAAACAGAAAUAACAUGCAUGACUAAUGAAAUUAAAAAAAAUAUUCACAUUUGAGAGGCUGAAAUUAGACGAUAUUGACAUAUUUAACCAAAACAGCUGUUGAUUAAUUGGUUAACCAUGAUCAUCGAUUAAUCGAUUAGUUGUUGCAGCUCUGUUUAAUAUAAAUAUAAAGAGACCCCAAAUAUAUGCAAAUGAUCAGUUUUGUUUGCAAAGUUUUGCAGUGAUAAUCAGCACAAAUGCAUGUUUGCUGUCAUAUUUGUGAUUGAAUACAAAUUCAUUUUGCAGCAAAAGCUGAUUUAUUUCGUAUUUUGUUCGUAUCUUUGCAAAAUUAACACUAUUUUUCUCUUUUUCAUGUGGACACUGUGAAUGGGAUGUUUGGUGACAUGAUGCUUGGCUACCAUGACAACAGAGGCAAGUGCCGCAAGCGAGGCGGACACUGAAGGCAAGCAGAAGGCCAGCGCCGCCGAACCCGAACCCGAGAAUAAGCAGAGUCCCGAGGCGACCACAUCCGAACCAGAAGGGGGGGAACAGUUGGCCAAGAAGACCCAGGACCAGGCUACCGAGGCCGGGCCUGCCAAUGCAGCAUCCUCCCCUGAAGAGGAGCAACUGAAGCCUCGCACCAGAACCUCCGCUGGCAAAGGCCUCUCUCGUCUCUUUUCCUCCUUUCUCAAGCGUCGCUCCCAGUGCUCGGAAGGAGAGGGCUUUGAGGCGGAGAAAGCAAGAGAGGAAAAGGAGGACAAGGAGGAAAAGACUGACAGCACAGAAGAGGAAAAGGAGGAGAAAGUGAAAAGCGAAGAGCAGGAGGCUCACGUGGAGGAGAAAUCGGAUUCAAAAGAGGUCAAAAAGAGCCAAGAGAAAUCACAAAAGGAGGAAAAAAAGACAGAGCCAGAAAAACUUGAGAAGAAGGGCAGUAAGAAGAAAAAGAAAGAAGCCAAGAAGAAAACAGAGGAAAAGGAUGCAGAGAAGGUGAAAACAACCGAGGCGAAAAAGGAAGAGGAGCAAGAGAAGAAAGCAGAGGAAGAGGACACGAAAGCAGACGAGGAGGAGACGAAAGCCGAGCAAAAGGUAGAGGAGGCUCAGGAAAAAGAGGAGGACAAAUUGGAGGCGAAAGAAACGACACCUGCUGUAGAAGUAGAAGUCGAAGGAGAAGACGCAACAGGAACGGAGGCCGUCGAGGAGAGCAAAGAGGAGGAAAAAGUCGACAAAAAGGGGGCGAAGAAAAAAGAAAAAGAGGAGCGGGUGAAGAAAAAAGAAGAGGAGAAAGCCAAGAGAAAAGCAGAGGAAGAAGAAAGAGCAAAGAAGAGAGAGGAGGAGAACAAGAAGAAAAGGGAAGAAGAAAAGGCCAAAGAGGCAGAAAAAGCAAAGAAGAAAGAGGAGGAGAAGGCCAAAAAGAAGGAGGAGGAGGAGAAGGCAAAGGAGGAGAAAUUAAAAAAGAAAGAAGAGGAGAAAUCCAAGGAGGCUAAGAAGAAGGAGGAGGAGAAACUGAAGGAGGCCAAAAAGAAAGAGGAGGACAAAUUGAAGGAGGCCAAGAAAAAAGAAGACGAAAAACUGAAGGAGGCCAAAAAGAAAGAUGAAAAACUGAAGGAGGCCAAGAAGAAAGAGGAGGACAAAUUAAAAGAAACCAAAAGGAAGGAGGAGAAAAUAAAGGAGGCCACAAAGAAAGAGGAGAAAGGGAAAGAAGACGGCAAAAAGAAGACUGAAGAUAAAACCAAACAGGAAGAAGACAAGGGAAGCAAAAAGGAGAAAGGGAAAAAAGAAAUGGAGGAAGAGGCGAAGGCGUCAAGUGAAGACAAAGUAAAAGCACCCAUUGCUGCCCCGGAACCAGAACUUAAAACCGAACCGGAAACCGAACCAGUUCCUGAACGCCACUCACUCAGCAGCACAGAGAUGCAGCCAGCUCCAGAGGAACGCAAGGAGGACGUUGAAAUCAAAGAAGAUCCCGAAGAAGUCAAAGAAGUCAAGGAAGAUGGCGCUGAGAAGAUCGAGGAAGAACCAGAACCUCAGGAAAAGGAGUCAAACGAAGGGGAGAAGCCCAAGGAGGAGGUGAAAGAGCCGAAGCCUGCUAAGGAUAAGAAGACCGAGAAGAAGGGCGAUGACGUCAAAGGCUCCAAACGCCUGAAAACCAUUCAGUGCAAAGUCACCUUACUGGAUGACACCACGUUUGAGUGUGAGCUUGACAAACACGCUAAAGGGCAGGAUCUCAUCACUAAAGUGUGUGACCACCUUAACCUGUUGGAGAAAGAUUACUUUGGCGUGGCUCACUGGGAAACACCAAGCAGCAAGACAUGGCUGGAACAGACCAAGGAGAUUCGCAAACAAGUUCCCGGUGCUAUCUACGAGUUUACUUUCAACAUAAAGUUCUACCCUCCUGACCCGGCACAGCUUACUGAAGACCUCACCAGGUACUAUUUAUGUCUUCAGCUCAGGAAGGACAUCAUGAGCGGAGUUCUUCCCUGUUCCUUUGUCACCCUGUCCCUGCUGGGCUCUUACACGGCACAGUCAGAGCUUGGGGAAUAUGACCCAGAAGUCCAUGGAGCUGACUACGUUAAAGAUCUCAGUCUUGCUCCCGGACAGAGCAAAGAGCUGGAGGACAAGGUGAUGGAGCUGCAUCGCACAUACAGGUCAAUGAGUCCAGCCCAAGCUGACAUGUUGUUUCUGGAGAACGCCAAGAAGCUUGCAAUGUAUGGUGUGGACCUGCACCAAGCUAAGGAUCUUGACGGUGUGGACAUUACGCUGGGGGUUUGCUCUAGUGGUCUCAUGGUUUACAAGGACAAGCUGAGAAUCAACCGUUUCCCUUGGCCAAAAGUUCUCAAGAUCUCCUACAAACGCAGCAGCUUCUUUAUUAAGAUCAGGCCAUCUGAGCAAGAGCAGUAUGAAAGCACAAUCGGCUUCAAACUGCCCAACUACAAAGCCUCAAAGAAGUUGUGGAAGGUCUGCGUUGAACAUCACACCUUCUUUAGGGUUUCAACAAUAGAAGCUCCCUCGUCCCGUCGCUUCCUCGUCUUGGGCUCCAAGUUCAGAUACAGCGGGCGCACUCAGGCCCAGACCCGGCAAGCAAGUUCCAUGAUCGACCGCCCGGCCCCUCGCUUCACACGCUCUGCGAGCAAACGACUCUCCCGCAACCUAGAUGGAGCUGGAGACGAGACUCUCCAGACGCUCACAGCAUCAACCAGGUCCGAGGUUGAUGACUGGUCGCUGAUACUUACUUCUGACAAACCCUACCCUUUCCUAGAACUUCCAGCCAGAGGUCAGGCAUUUAUUCAGUCCUGGAACACUCAUGAAGGUGGUCGGCCAUGGUGGGAGCUUUCAUCUGCUGACGCACAACUUCAGACUAAAAACGACGAUGAGUGGUCAUCCCUGCUCAAACGACAACCUCCUUUUCCGUUUUCCCCGUCUUUUGAUUUUGUGAAACGACCAGCUAAGCUCAGCUUAGCCGACGUCAGCUCUGUUGACAGGCUAUUGCGACCAGCACAGGAACAGCACUACGACUGGUUCUGUGACUUUGACCGAAUCCCCAACCUGUCAUUUUAUGUCGAUAAACUUCAGUCCCAGACCCAGUUGGAGGAUGAACAGUUUGAGUGUAUUACCGAACAAGAAUUGACAGAAAAGGAUCUCACUGAGAAGCUAGAGACGAUGGUGAUGUUAGUGGACAACCUAGAAGAGAUGCAAGAUUUAGAAAGGAGGCUGAGGAAAGUGAAGGAUUUGGAAGAAAGGCUCCAAGAAGUCGAUGAAAUGGCAGAUCGGAUCCAGGAAGUCAUAGAAGAAGAAUUAGGGGAGCAGGAAGUUGUCAAACUAAAAGAGGAAGAGUUACAAAAAGAAAGUGAAGCUAUAACGUGGAAUGUGUUGAAAGAUUCUGUGAUGGCGGUGAGGAAAAGUAAUGACGCAGAAGAUGUGGAUGAAUUAGAGGAGCAAAUCAAGGAGGUGUUCUUCAAGGGACUUUUACCUGUGGGUGAGGAGGCUGAAGUGGAGAGUAAAAACAAGGACGCCAGUUUGUUUGACAGUAAUUUGAGAGAGAAGCUACGUCAGUUAGAAGAAGAAUGGCAAAACGAGGUGGAGGAGAACUUUAGUCCUCCACAAAUGAUUCCCUCUUCUGGGGUAACCUACCACAGGGUGGAAAGAACCAAGAAGAGAGUUGCUUUUCUUGACCAGCAGCAGCCUGAUGUUACAAAUGAGGCCCAGGCAAAGCUCAUAAUGUCCGAAAAGAGAUUAGUUGAGGUUCGAGUGCAGACAGAAAUAAAAGACGUCAGAGUUGAGAGUGUUACUGAGAUGCUUAAUAUUAAAAAUAGAUCUCAACGAAUAGAAGGAAAGGAUAUGUGGGCCAUGCUUUUUGAUCGUCCACCAUACACGGCUGUCGUCAAACCAGUCACAUCGGUGGAGCCUGUUGAUUUGGAUGAGGGGGUGUUUUUCACUUCAAAAGAGGUUCCAACAUAUGAUGUUGAAAGCACCUUAAUACCGCAAGAGUCAUCGAUAACGGAAGAAAAGUUCCCACAAAGAGAUGACGACUGGUUUGUUUUGCUGCAUGUAGUUCCCAAAGAACCAACCUAUGUCCAACCAGUUAACUUCACGGAACAAGACCCGAUGGAGGCUGAGAGUUUCAGAGUCUCUGUGGUUGAAAUGUACGAGGAGAUUAGGGAGGUUCCACUUGAAGAGAGCGAGAUAAGCGAACAGCCGCCAACACAUCUUCCAGAAUUCCGACAGCAGCUGGCGAAAAAGCGAAAUGAUGACUGGUUUGUGUUGCUGGAUGUUGUUGCCAAAGAAACAACUAUUGUGCCACCAGUCGCUUUUGACGUGCCUGGUAAAGACGACGUCUCUGUGGCUGACAUGACGGAACUUGAACCGAAAGACAAACCCGCGGAAGUCGCAGUAGUGGAAGAAACGGGAAUGAAAGAUGAUCUGAGCUUAAGAGAAGUCACAAUGAUGUCACGGGGUAUAACCGAAAUAGAGGAUGACUGGUUUUUACUUCUGGAUGUUCCCACCAGAGUAAUACAGUUUAUUCCUCCAGUGACCGUUGCUGUGCAUGAUGACCCAGAGAAAAGCAUUUCUACUCUGACUGAAGAACAAAUGGAGGUUGAAAUAGAACCGAUUAAGGUGCAGAACAUAGAGACACAACCAGAACAGAAAAUAGUCCAAUCAGUCAUCAGUAGAAAUGAUGACUGGUUUCUACUUCUGGACAUUUUUCCCAGAGAAAGAACCUUUGUACCAACAGAUACCCUACCAAUGCCAGCUAAAAUCUAUCCGGAUGUUGGACCUGCGUUUGAUGAGGUUGGGCUUUACCAGAUGAAACAGCCGCCAUUGCAGUCACAGCCAGAAAGCAUUGAUGACUGGUUUGUUGUGUUUGAUGCAAUUCGGGAGGAGGCAGUCCGAAUACCUCCAGUUACUGUGGCUGUGAGGAAGCCGUUUGAGACUGAGGUGUUAACCACUGAAAGUAGAACAUGGGAGAAGAUGAUAAUUGGUGAGAGCAGGCGUGAUGAGACACGUUUCUCGGAAAUGAGACUGAGCCCUGUUGGACCGACAUCAGGAAGGGAAGGAGAAGAUGAUUGGUUUGCCCUGUUUGAUAUCAUCACAGAAAAGACUGCCGCUGUACCAUCAGUUACUGUGGUUGAGCCUACUGUGGAUGUGUCAGCACUCAAAGGACCAACACCAAAAUACACCAUAGAAGAUACGAGGCCACCAGUGAAGUUUGUUGAGAUUAAACCACCGCAGCCAAGAGAGGUGGAUGAUGAUUGGUUUGCUCUCCUAGAUGCUGCAGAAAAAGCACCGGUACCUGAACCUGUCAGAAGCUAUCCUGAUGUAACGGCAUCAAAAGGCUUUGCAGUUAUAGAGAAGAGGUCACUGCAGAGAAUUACUAUUGUGGAGGAGAUAUGGGUGCAGGAGAUGUCCUCACGUCCGGCAGAGAGAAAGGUGGACGAUGAUUGGUUUAUUCUUCUGGAUGUGGCUCGGAAAAAAUCAGUUGCUGUCCCUGAGCCCAUCCGACUCCUGGCAGAACUUCCAAGAACUGCUGAGAUCAAAACGAGGAUUCCUGUUUUUGAGACAAGGCCACAGUUUGAGAAACAGAUCCUGGAAGAAAGACCUCGCCUCAAAAACACUCGUGUUGAUGACGAUUGGUUUCUUCUACUAGACACUGGCCCCAGAAAGUCAGUGGUGGUCACACAGAGGAGCACCCGUCCCGUCAGCGCUCCAGUCUUCUCCCAAGCUGCUCUAGCAGAAGCCGGAAUCCCCAUGGCACCAUUGGAACAGCCCCAGACCUCCACUCCAAUCAGGACUACCAUCAAAGAAGAAAGGACACUGGAGGUCACUUUAGAAGCGGUUGAGCCAUCAAAAACCGAAGUCAAGUCAGCGGCGUGGAGGGACCACAGAUCUCUAGACUCCUCACUGACCCCUUCCAUCAAUGGGGACAUUCAGUUUGAGGUGGCGAGUAAGGAAGUGGUGCAAUUACGAAAGAAAAGAGCUAAGAAAAUUGAGGGAGACUCAAUUUAUAUCAGACAUAGCCUUUUAAUGUUGGAGGAGUUUGAUAAGCCCCAGGAGGACCUUCUCAGGCAUCACGCCAGUAUCAGUGAGCUGAAGAGGAACUUCAUGGAAGCCGUCCCAGAAUCCAGGCCCAGCGAAUGGGACAAGCGUCUGUCCACGCACUCCCCGUUACGCUCCGUGGGUGUCAAUGGUCAGCCCGGUGCAGAUGGGCCCCCUUUGGUGCAGACCCAGACAGUCACCAUCACUGCCGCCUCCAACUCCUUACCCAGUGGCAUCUCCACCACAGAGGUCCCUAUCGUCCCAACCCAGACUGUCACCUAUGAGUCUUCAAAGGGUGUAGUCGACAGUACAGAGGAGGACAAAGAAAGCACUACGGUGUCCAUCUCUCAGACCUCAGAAACCACCAGCGGCACAUCAGUCACCACCACGACUACUCAUAUCUCAAAGAUAGUGAAAAGUGGCUCUUCGGAGACCCGGGUGGAGAAAAGGAUCGUCAUUACCGCAGACAGCGAUAUUGACUAUGAUCAGGGUAAAGAUGGCGGAGCAUCAGCAAUGUAACUGCAUCACCACAAGCAGCUUCUCCUUCCUUCGACUCGACACACAUCAACUGACCCACUGCUUGCUGCACACACACACACACACACACACACACACACACACAUGAAUCCACACCCACAGUUCCAAGUAGCAAAGUGUGUCUAUAGAUGGUGCUUGUUUUUCUUUCUGUUCACAGUAGUUAAAGGGAGGGCUGCACCGUGCUUACCAAAACCUCACCUCACAAGCUUUUAGAAUCCACUUUUGUUCCAUUCAGAGCAUCUUUCCUCACUUCAGUCAUAGCAGUUAUGUUUACUUUUAAAUUGCUUUUAAUUCCCUAGCAUUUUUUUUUUAAUUCACAAAUGCUUUAUUCUGGGUAUUAGUUUCAAUAGUCAGCAUGUUUUCCUUGAUACUUACUUAGGGAACUACUUUUUUUUUUUCUUCUUUAUUCAUGCGUUUCAUUUAGGAGAGACAUUUUCAUAAACGUUAAAUUAUAUACCUCACAUUGAUACAAACUCAAAGGUAAAUUCUGUGUUCUAAUUUUUCAGACAGUUUUUGCUCAAAUGCUCAGGUAAAAUAACAGAAAGGCUCCCCUUCCCUUCACGUUCUUGUAAAGUUAAAAUUAAAACUUGAUAUAUUUUCACAUAUUUUUUUUUCUUAUUUUAGAGCUUUAACGCUUUUAUAUAGUCUUUGCACAAAUUGAAGUUUUUAGGUUAUUUCGAUGAAAUUGUGCUCUGGUAUUGAUUUGACUGAAUACAGGGGUCUCAAUUAUACGUUUUUAUUAAAAGCCUCCAUUUUUCCCACAAUGGACGUUAAUCAGCCGCCAUUCAUUCGACGCUUUUAAACACUUUUAAAGCAUUGGUCUGUUUAUCUCAGGUUUAAUAUAUUUUGCAAAGACCACAGACCGUAAUAGGAACAUAUGAGGAAUGUCCAUAUAUUUAUAUAAGUCUUUACAGCAUUGGAAGAGCUUGUUUUCUUCGCAAUUUUGGAGGGAUUUGUACAAAAAUAUUCAUUAAACAUGACAAUAUUGUAUCCUAACCCAAAAGCUCUCAACUUUACCACUUUGCAUUCACGGCAAAAAUGCAUAUUGAUGACAUUUGUGUACAAUUUUUAACUAAAAUUCUUGCGGGAACACAUAGCGCUUGUUGUCACGUUAUGUGUAAGGUAAAAAAGGCAGCUGUCCCGAGAAAUGUGGCUUUUUUUUCUGUCAGGAGCACAUUUUGUUUGGUUGUUUCUUUUUUUUAUUAUUAUUAUUAUUAUUAUUACAUGUUCUACUAUACAGUAAUUUAUUUGUAAAGUAGCAACUCUCAUUUGAUGUACUGUGAUGUUUCAACGAAAAAAGCUGCUUUCCAGGCUUCCAAUUUAGAGAUGUCACUAUUUAUAUGAACAAAAGUUUGUAAAGCCUUUGAGCACAUAGUCCAAGUAGAUUGCUCUCACUUUGCUGUCUGAUGUACUUUUUUCUGUCGACGCACAAAUUCCCUUUUUUAGAUGACUUGUUUCUUAGCAAACAUCUUUAUUGCAGAAAUUGGUAGCUACAACAACAAAAACCUCUCCUGGGGAAACUUUUAGAAUUUCACAUGUGGGGGGAAAAUAGUUUUUAGAUGGUGAACAAUAUUGUUGCUUUGUGACUCAUCCUUGUCUUUUAUUAAAAAAAAUAAUAAAAUAUGCAUUAUUUUGCAGUUUAGCUGA